AUGCGAAUGAGUGGCACCCGAGGACAUGGCACCUCGCAGCGAAAAGAGCCAAUUGAAGCGCCAGCGCGUGAGUUUCUCUGCCCAUCUUGUACCUCCUUGCGCACGCUUCGUCGUGCUGCUUGUUUCGCCCACGUCACCCUUUCGCUCACCAAUCAUCCAACCCAGGGUUCGCUGCCCGAGGACGCAACCGAGUCUAAGAAGCCUCGGAGAUCGGACCGUCUGUCGUCGCAAACUGUUGGUGCUGUUGGUGCCGCCGCCGCCGCCGCCGCUGACAAGACGCCCAUCAUCAACAAGCAGCAUCUGCCGUCUCCCGUUACGCACGUCGCCGCUGAGGAAUCGAGUGAUGCCAAUAAGGAGGCUACCCCUACACCCUCUGCAGGCAAGCAUGAGGAUGUCACUCCGCGAAAGACCGACGAGGCCUUCCCCCAGAGCCAGGCUUUGUCAUCACCGCCCCAAGACACCCAGCCGCUCAGCCAGUUUGUCGAUCGACACCCUGCACUUUCCGACGAUGUAGAGGAUGAGGUCAAGGAAGGUGUUUGGGGAUACUUGGUGCCUCUAGAUCCCAAAUACGGCGAUAAGCCAUUGGUGCUAAAGAGACGAAAUGCAUGCCCACAGCCAGAUAGCGUGGAUGCUGCCGUGAAUGGUGAAAAAACACCUCUAAACACUAACAAGCCUGCCCCCAUCAGGGCUGAGGAAAUUUUUGAGCGCAAAAAUGCAAAGGGAGCGGCUUCGGGUGGCUAUUUGAUAGGCCGACAUCCUGAGUGUGAUAUCGUAGUCAACGAAGGCAUCGUUUCAAACCGCCACUGUCUUUUGUUCACAGAGAAUAAUGGGACGGACACCGUCGCUAUUGUAGAGGAUCUUUCCAGUAACGGCACCUUUGUCAACGAGGCCAUUGUUGGUCGUAAUCAGCGCCGAGAACUCGAGGAUCAGGAUGAGAUUGCAGUACAUGGCAAGGCCAGGUUCAUUUUCAGGUAUCCUCAGAGCCGACGCACGAGCGCCUUUUCGCAACAGUAUGCAUUACUGGAGAAGCUCGGCAAGGGCCAUUUUGCUGAGGUGUACCUCUGUAUCGAAAGAUCUACUGGCCAACGGUAUGCCGUCAAAAUCUUUACGAAGCCUCCUGGUAUGGAGGACAAAUCCAAAACGGAAGGCCUUCAGCAAGAAAUCGGUGUCUUGAUGGGUGUCAGCCAUCCAAAUGUCUUGUGCCUCAAGGAUACGUUCAAUGAGCGUGAUCGAGUGUAUCUCGUCUUGGAACUGGCCUCGGAGGGCGAGCUGUUCAACUUUAUUGUAAUGAAGCAGAAGCUCAGCGAGGAUGAGACGAGAAAGCUGUUCCUCCAACUCUUCCAGGGGAUCAAAUAUCUCCAUGAACGAAAUAUUGUUCACAGAGACAUCAAGCCGGAGAAUAUUCUGCUUGUCGACAAAAACCUGCACGUCAAGUUGGCUGACUUUGGCCUCGCCAAAAUCAUCGGCGAAGAGUCAUUUACUACGACCCUUUGCGGAACCCCCAGCUAUGUCGCCCCUGAAAUUCUUGCCGAUUCCAAGCAACGCAAAUACACCAAAGCUGUCGACAUUUGGUCUCUUGGUGUUGUGCUGUACAUCUGCCUUUGCGGUUUCCCUCCAUUCUCCGACGAGCUCUACUCUCGCGAUUUCCCUUUCACUCUGUCACAGCAGAUUCGAAGCGGUCGAUUUGACUACCCCUCCCCGUACUGGGAUUCUGUUGGUGAUCCUGCUCUUGACCUCAUCGACUCCAUGUUGAUCGUAGAUCCAGAACGCAGAUUCACCGUGGAACAAUGUCUUGCCCAUCCCUGGAUGACCCAGAACAGUCCCGGUGUAAAUGACAGCACAGGCGGUCUUGUGGGGGGCAUUGCUGGACUAGAGGUGAACCGCCGUGCACCGGCUCGGGAGAGAACUCUGCUUGCAACGUUGAACUCUGUUCAAGUCACCGCCCAAGUUGCGGUUGGCGAUGAUAAGGCUCCGGUAAAGGUAUUUUCCAAGAAUCAGCAGCGAAUCACGAACGCUUCAAAAGAGAAGGCACCAGACCACCAUCGAGCGGCUGGGGAAUUCAUGGAGAUGGGAGGCAAGGGCGAUCAGCCGCUAUUUGGCGACGACAGUGGAAGCAUAUACGCGACAGCAACGAGGACUGGCCAGAAAGGCAAGGCUCACGGCCGAUAA